GGCCGGGCUGAGCCCAUGGCCGCGCGCGGUGAUUUCGCAGGUGCGGCUUGGACAUGCAGAACGACGCGGGCGAGUUCGUGGACCUGUACGUGCCGCGGAAGUGCUCCGCCAGCAACCGCAUCAUCGGUGCGAAGGACCACGCGUCCAUCCAGAUUAACGUGGCCGAGGUCGACAAGGUCACAGGCAGGUUUAACGGCCAGUUUAAGACCUAUGCCAUCUGUGGGGCCAUUCGCAGGAUGGGGGAGUCAGAUGACUCCAUUCUGCGACUGGCCAAGGGUGAUUGCAUUGUCUCAAAGAACUUCUAAGAGUUGGAAAUUUAGAGUGGAACAUUUGUCAUAAAUAAACUGAGAAACUGUUGGUUU